AUGUCCAGCGUCUUUUCUUCUCCAGCUCAGUCAUUUGCUUUCACACCCACCCCCGCCUUCCCCCGUCCGCGGGCACGGUUCAACCUCCCUCCUCCACCAUCCGAUCUUCUUGCAACUCCCAAGCCAGAGGGAGACAACCAUUCAGAGCUAGGCGAAGAUGAGCCGUUGACUCCUCAUAUGCGCCGAAAGUCGUUUUUGUUGUCUAUCGUGAACUCUUCAGUACGGCCACGGCUUAAGCUUCCUACGCCUCACCCACGGAAUGUAAUACCUCCUACCCCGAGUAUUACUGAGACGGUGGCGGAACCUGCGGAUGGACUUAGCCCAGCAGUAAACCUCCGAACUGCGUUUGCUGGUGCCACCCCUCGUCCUCGAAUGAGCGCAGGAAAGCCAUCCCAUCCACUGGCUCAGGCCUAUACGGCGACAACAAGUUCAGAAGAUUCAGAAUCUGGCUCUACCAGCGGCGAAGCUGCCCCCCAAGUUGCUACGCGUCGGGCUUCUAUGGGAGCUGUGGUUCAGAGUCCAGCGUAUGACGGCUUGGCAGACCGGGUUUCCUUCAUAUCAACUGCAUCGUCGCAUGACUUGACUACUCACGUUCGUGCCAACACUUCUUUCGAUCCCGCUAUGGGAUUCGGGGUUGGUGCACAGGCUAAUGGGAGGUUUAAUGCCGGAAAGCUCAAUACGUACCUGCAUGGGUUGAACAGACGGUUGCAAGAAGAGAAUGAAGCUCUUAUAGAACGUCUGCGACGUCUGGAAGAAGGGAAAAAAGACAGCCUCGAAACAGAAAAGCCCUAUGAGGACGAGGCUGGCCCCGCAAGCAGACGAUUGAGUGGAGGAGUCAGCAGACGGAUUAGUGCGGGGUCGACUCUGCUGGGUAAUGUCCAAGAAGAUGUUGGUGGCGAAGGCUGGAUAGAGGAGAAGGUGGCGUUGGAAGAAAUGAUCGAGUCAUUCAAAGAAGAGAUAGAAAAGAACGUUUUGGAGAAAGAAGAACUUGAAAAGGCGCUUGACGACGAACGACAAGAACGAACCAGAGACAAGGAACGGUGGAAGGAGCGUAUGUCAGAAGUGGAGCAAGGUGUAGAGGCCAUCGUGGAUAGCCUCGAACAGAAGCUGCGAGAUGCCGAGACGCGAGCUCAGAAUUCUCAGGACACCCUCAUUCGUACAAAGGAGUUGGAAAGGCUGUUAGAGACGGUGUCCGCGGAACGGGAUCUGGCUACAGAGAGGGCCAAGAAGUCGGAGAAAGUGUUGGAGAGUGGCAAGGAGUUAGGCGGGGAACUCAAAGCGGCCAACGACCGAAUCAGUGAACUCAUGAGCGACCUCCGAAUCUCCAACACUCAAAUCAAAGAACUGGAGCAGGAGGUGUUACGCUCUGACGAGAGAAUUGAUGUGCUCGAGAAGGACUUCAGGGAAGAAAAGAAUCUUGUGAAGGAGCUGAAGAAAGAACUGUCGAACAAGAUGGACGAGAUCGAUGCUGACACUCGGACGAUUCAGAACUUACGAGGGGAGCUGAAGGCGGCGACUACUGAACUGCAAGCUACAAAGUCAUACGUUUCUGAACUCGAGUCAGAUGCAGAAGCAGCGGCUGACCGUCUGGAAGCUCUUGAGCUUGAGGUCACCAGCGCCAACGACCAGAUCAAGGGGUUCCAAGCUGAGGCUGAAGAAACUGCGCAACGAUUAGAAUCUUUGGAAGUUGAAGCCCAACAGGAUAAGGAACUCGCCCGUCAGAUGGAGGAAGCCCUCGAUGCCGCAGAGCAUAAGAUGGCCAACGACGAUCAAGAACUGGCCCAGCUCAGGUCUCAGCUGUUGACACUACAACGCGAGCGAGAACGUUCAAUGGAGGCCAGCAGAAACAAUGUAGAUCCUUCUCGAGAAAUCGCCCCGCCCAUAAACGCCGCCGACAUCGAAGCGCUAGAAGAGGAACUGGAUAACGCCCACAGGGAGAUUGCCCGGCUUAACACGGUCCUCAACGCAUCUCCUGCUCGAAAGGCGAUAGACAAAGCCAAGGAUGUGAAGAUCGACAUGCUGGAGAAGGAGAAUGAGGCGCUGUCUGAGAGAAUCAAAGCAUUGAAGAUUGCUUCGACAAGCUUCAGUACUCCAAGCAGAAUCGUCAGCAACAGUGGUAUCUCCCCGAUCCACCGUCGCGUUCUUUCGAUGUCAAUCAAGACGCCACGAACGCCUGGUACCCCGCUCAAGGAGGCAAGUCUCAGGCUGAUGUCGUGGCUAAACAGCCAGACCGGUGAUUCUGAACAUAUUGCUCCACUGAUUGCCGAAAUAUCGCGAUUGCAAUACGAACUCGACAUAGCUAAUGAGAGCAUUGACGACAAGCUAGACAAAUUAGAAGAUGCUGGUUUGGGUGUCGUUGGGCUUACCCAAAAACUGGAAGAUGCUCGGGCUAGAAUAGUGGCAUUGGAAGACGAAAUUGCCCGUCUUACCAGGAAGGAGGAACGCCGAAUGAGACGCCUCGAAAAGGCACGAUGCCGAAAAUGUUUGACCAAGGUCAACAUGGGGCUCUCCGAAGGCGAUGAUAGUUCUUUGGAGAUAUCUCAUCCCAGUCUUGCUUCAGAACCACCAACACCCCCUACGAAAACGAGCGAGGCCCUUCGCGCUAAUUUGCAAUCCUUGAAUUCGCAACUGUCUUCCAUGAAGAAACAAUGGGAACAAGAGCGCGAGCAGCUCCAGGGCGAGAAGGCCGUGCUUCAGGAUGUUGCUAACCGGUUGAACGAUCAGGUUCGACAGGCGAAGGAGGAAGCCACGAAGAUUUCUCAGACGGAGAAAGCCGGACAGAAGAUUCGUUCAGAUGAUUUGGACAAGGCAAAGAAGACAAUCUCUGAACUCGAGACUGAACUCAAAACUGAGCGAGCGCAGCUUCGUAUGCUUACCGUUGAGCAGACAAGGGUUGGUCAUGAGCGAGACAACAUCGUGUUACAGCUUCAACGAACAGAGACGGAUAUGGAAGACGUCCGACAGCAAUUGCAAAAGUACAAGAAAGAAAAUCAUGAUAUGGAAACCGAAUUGCGACAAAAUGCAAAUGCCGAACAAAAGGCCAGGCUGUUGGAGAAUCGAGUUUCCGAGAACGCCGAGACGAUUGAGCAGCUACGACAAGAACGAGCGCUCCUAGUAGCUGACCACAAAGCUCUUCAAAAACGCUUCUCUGAAAUAUCCGAGCACGCGAACCGACUGCGCGACGAACAUGCCGCGUCCCAAAUGUCGCACGACAAUCGCAUACACCAGCUCGACCUCCAUAUGACUGAGAUCGACGAUCUUCGGCGUGCUCUGUCAAACCAAGGCGAAGAACUACAACGAGCCGAGACCGAAAAGAAUCGCAUAUCCGCAGAACGCAGCGAGGUCUCCCGGACAGUCGCUAUUCUAGAGGCUGAUUUGAGGCGGGUGAAAAAAGACGCGGAGGCCUUUGGUCGCGAUUUGAAAUUGCUUCGGACUGAGAAGGAUCGGGCGGAGGCGAAGCAGAAGGAUGAGUUGGACAAAGCGGAGAGGACGAAAAAGCAGGCACAGACACAAGCACGACUACUGAGUGAGCAGCUGGACGGACAGAAGGCGAAGGUUGCGCAUGCGAAGGAGCAGUGGGAGAAACACGUUUGUGCGAUGGAUGAGCAGCAACUAUCGGCAAUCAAGCUCCAGCACAACAAGGAGUGCAAAGGCCUGAUUGUCCAGAUUCGAUACCUCAAGGCGAAGUAUACCCGCGAGUCAAAUAUGCGUCUCGAUUUAGUAUACCAGAAACAGUAUUUGAUGGUACUUCUGGGAAGGAUGGAGAACAGCGAGAAAACCAUAUUCGCAGCUAUUUCGCAGAUUGGUUUCCCUGUAGAGCCGCCUCCACCUGUUGCGAAGCAUCGGAAGCUCAAGAGUAUUGCACAAAUGUUUGUAUUUUUGUCCCGGGUGAGACGCGCCAGUGCUGAAUGGCAAAAACAAUGCGAGUCUAAGGAGGCCGUUGCUGCUGCCUUGCAAGACGUGCGGAGACGGCGAGCCGCUAAACCGUCCCAAUCAUAA